UGACUGCUGCACCUUUAGUCCCCAUUAUCCGCGACAACCUUAAUUUAACCAAAAUGGAUGUUGGUAAUGCUGGGGUUGCUUCUGUUUCCGGAAGUAUCCUAUCUAGGCUCGCGAUGGGCGUGAUUUGUGACAUGUUGGGUCCUAGAUAUGGAUGUGCAUUUCUCAUAAUGUUAUCAGCCCCAACUGUUUUUUGCAUGUCUUUCGUGUCCUCAGCUGGUGGAUACAUUGCUGUGAGGUUCAUGAUAGGGUUUUCACUCGCAACGUUUGUGUCAUGUCAGUAUUGGAUGAGUACGAUGUUUAAUAGCCAGAUUAUCGGGCUUGUUAAUGGGACGGCUGCUGGUUGGGGGAAUAUGGGUGGCGGGACCACCCAACUUAUUAUGCCUUUGCUCUACGAUAUAAUUCGUAGAGCGGGGGCCACUCCGUUCUUGCUUGGAGAAUUGCGUUUUUUAUUCCUGGAUGGCUUCAUGUUAUUAUGGGAAUUUUGGUCUUAACUCUUGGCCAAGAUUUGCCUGAUGGUAAUCUUGCUUCCUUACAGAAGAAAGGUGAUGUUUCUAGGGAUAAAUUCUCCAAGAUAUUAUGGUAUGCUGCAACAAAUUACAGGACAUGGGUCUUUGUCCUGCUCUAUGGGUACUCUAUGGGAGUUGAAUUGACUACAGAUAAUGUCAUUGCUGAGUACUUCUUUGACAGAUUUGAUUUGAAGGUUCACACGGCUGGAAUUAUUGCUGCAACAUUUGGCAUGGCUAACCUAUUAGCGCGACCCUUCGGAGGAUGGUCAUCCGAUUUUGCAGCUAAACAUUUCGGAAUGAGAGGCAGAUUAUGGAACCUAUGGAUAUUACAAACCCUUGGUGGAGUUUUCUGUUUAUUGCUAGGAAGAGCCAACACACUUCCCCUUGCUAUUACUUGGAUGAUCAUAUUCUCGUUAGGCGCGCAAGCUGCAUGUGGGGCAACAUAUGGUAUUAUUAAUGGAGCAACAAUUAUUCCCUUCAUUUCACGUCGAUCAUUAGGUAUAAUAUCAGGUAUGACAGGAGCCGGAGGCAAUUUUGGUUCUGGAUUGACUCAACUCCUGUUUUUUACAAGCACAAAGCAUUCGACAGCCACAGGGUUGACAUAUAUGGGGAUUAUGAUCAUAGCGUGUACGCUUCCGGUAUCUUUGGUUCAUUUCCCACAAUGGGGUAGUAUGUUUUUGCCUCCAACUAAAGACCCUAUAAAGGGUACUGAAGAGCAUUACUUCUCUUCUGAGUACACUGAGGAUGAAAAGCAAAAGGGUAUGCACCAAAAUAGCGUCAAAUUCGCCGAGAAUUGUCGGUCAGAGCGUGGCAAGCGUGUGGCUCCAGCGCCUACUCCACCUAAUGUAACACCAAACCAAGUCUAAGUCUCGAAUGAGAAAAACUUGCUCGCACUUCAUAUUUUGCACCACAUAAUAACAUGUGAUAUAUGCCUUUUAAUUUGAACAAGCUUUCAAUAUCUAAGUGUGAUUAAUUAAUAUAUGUAUUUUUACUUUAUUUUGAGAAACUCAAUUAAUAGUUGAUUUUAUGUAAACAUCCUACAUAAAGAAGGUUGA